CCUCGGUUUCCGGGAUGUUUGGUGAUGUGGCUCUUGCUGACAAAUCCUGAAGACGAAAUUGGUCAGAAAGUGUAAAAGCAGCAGCUCUUGCUCGAGGAGGACUCACACAGGUCAGUCAUGUUCAGCCGGCUGACCCAAGGAGUGACCUCCGUCCUGCAGGAGUUAUCGGGGGAGGAGCGCCCCGAUGGUGACCCCCAGGAUGGUUUGGUUCCUGAACCACUGUCCGGAGAAGAUUCCUUUUCUGAGGGUCCAGGGCCCUCAGAGGAAGUCCUAGAAAGACUGGCCCAGACAGAGCAGCUGGUGGUCCAACUGAAAGAGCUGAUCAGGGAGAAGGACAGCCAGCUAGCUGUUGCUGAGAAACAGCUCAAGGAUGAAAAGGAGCAGGGAGAAGCCAAGUUUACCAAACUGAAGCUGCAAGCAAAAGCCAAGAUGGCUGCUCUAAAUAAACAAAUAUCUGAGCUGAAAGUACAGGAAGGACAAAAUACCAGCCAGACUUCAGACAGCUCCUUCGCAGAGCCUUCAGAAGUUGAGGAGGAGCUCCAGCAGCUGAAGCAGAAGCUGAGUCAGGAGGAGUCUUCAACUCGCAGCCUACAAGAACAGCUCAUGGUUGCUGAGAAGCGUCUGAAAGAAAAAGAAGAAGAACAUGCUGAACAGGUGCGAGUUCUGCAGGCUGUGGUAAAGGACAAAGAUGUGCGGUUUCAGGAGCAGAUCCUAAAGCAUGAAGAGGAGCUUCUCCAUCUAACCAGCCAGGCCUCAAAUGAUGGAGAGCUACAGCAGGCCCUGUGUGCGUCGCAGCGGCGGAUUGAGGAGCUGGAGGAAUCCUUGCGUUCUCGCUCAGAAGUUCUAGAGAUGUUGCAGCAGGAGCUAAACAGCGCAGAUCAGCAGAAACAGAUCCUGACCACACAAUUCAGGCAGAUGGAACAGGAACUAGCAGAAUCUUGCAGACUGAGAGAGGAAGAAAAGCAGCAGUUGGCCAGUUCUGAAGAACAACUAGGGACCCUCAGAGCCAGCUUGGAAACGUCUGAGAAGAAAAGAGAACAGGCCAUCACUGCAAUAGAAGCAGAAUUAGCCAGGAGGAGCUCUGAGCUGGAUGAAGUAAAAGCGAGACUGAAUACAGUAGAGCAGGAGAAGGAACAGCUUGUAGAGAAAAGGAAGGAGGCGGAGACGGGUACUGAGGCUGAGCUGACUGACUUAAGAGCAAGCCUGGAAGAUUCAGAAAGGCAGAGAGAGGAGGUGACGAAGAAGCUGGAAGUUGAGGUUGAAAACCGAGUGGCUGAGCUGCACAGUCUGCAAGAGAAGCUCUAUGUGGUGGAAAGAGAGAGAGAGGAAGCGUCAAAGGGGGAAAGAGAGGAAUUGAUACGCCUGCAGACUGAGCUUACCAGCCUGAGAGAAAAGCUGGAUGCUGGCAGAGAAGAGCAGGAAGUUGGGCUUCAGGCUUUGGAGAAACUAUGGAAAGGGCUUCACUCUCUGACAGGAAGUGAUGGAGGAACAGAGGUAGAAAUGUCCAUCCCUGCUGACCCUUCACAGGUAGUUCCUGUGUUAGAAGCACGACUGGACAACCUGAGAGCAGAACAGCAGGAGAGAGAAGUGCACAUGUCUCAAAUCACUGUCACCCUGGAGACUCUGCAAGGACAACUAGAUAAAAGCACUGCAGAAGGAGAGGAAGCAGUCGCCAGGAUAAAGCAGCUUGAACAACAACUCAUCAAGCUUCAAGUUACUGAUGAGUCAUUGGGAGAUCACGUGACUGACCUUUCUGUGAGGGAUUUGGACAGGGCAGACAAAGCUGAAGUUGUAGAUGGCAGCAGUUCAGGUGAUACAUUAAACACAGAGAAAGUUCUGGCUCUGGAGCAACAGCUGAUCGAGAGAGAGAGGGAGCUUUCUGCUCUUAGGGAAAAGCUAGCGAUCACUGAGCAGCAGAACCUGAAGAUUUCAGAAGUAGGAAAAGCUGAUUAUGGAAGUACUGGAAACCUUUCUGGCAUGCCGGAGAGUCCUGAAGUGCUGCCUGAUCUUGAUGAUACUCUAGAGGAAGACAAAACACUGAUUGUUGUGGAGACUUCUGGAAUGUCCACCUCUGCCUUGUCUUCGACUGCUGACAAUGAGAGUAGUCCUGAGAUUACUGGACCACAGUCAGAGUCUCCUGGAGAGUUAAAGGGAGCUUCCUCAGAUGAGAUGGUAACCAGCAGUGACUCAGAAGUUGCUCAUAGUAGCUGGACACUUCUAGAGGCCAUUCAUCAAGAUGGUGCUCAAGAGUGGCCUCAACAGGAAUCCAACUUCGGUGCACUACAGCUUUCUACACAGUCCUGGGAGGAUACUAGUGAUGAACAGGUCACAUCUACAUGCUCUAUGGUUGAGGUAGAAUCAUCAUCCAUGGUUAUUCGUGAAACAGUACAGGUACACAUUAACCAGCAAGAUGCCAACUUGCUGAGUAUGGAUUCUAGCCCUGGUCAGGCUUUUGCACAAGUCCUGGCAGAGGAGCUCCAGAAAAGAUACAGUGAACUACUCGCUGAACUUCAGCAACUAAAAGAUUCAGCCUCUGAAUCUCAGGAGAAAGCAUACCAACUGGAAGAGGAAUUAAAGUCACUGACAGCUAUUAAGGAUGAGGCAGAGGCAAGGGCCCAAAGGUAUGAAAAAGAAUUGACCGAAACAAGAGCAGCAAUUCAACGAGAGGCAGAUCAGAUGACUUCAGAGAGAGAUGAACAGAACAGUGUGAAGAAAAUGCUUGAGGAGCAGCUGGAGAGCCUGCAAAUAGAGGCUUGCUCCAAAGAUCAGAAGAUUCAAACUCUGCAGGCAGAUCUAGAUGAAGCCCAGCUAAAACUUACUGAGAAAGAAGGACAAGCCAGCAUGCUUGGUGCCCAAUUGGAGGACAAAGAUCUUGCUUCCUCUGAACUGGAGGAAAAGCUCAUUGACCAGGAGACAAAACUUAAGCAAGUCUCUCAGGAGGCUGACAUUGCUAAAGCUGCUCUUAUUGACAGGACAGCCGAACUAGAGAACUUGCAGCAGCAACUUUCCCUGAAAGAACUGGAGAUGGUGGAGCUCAGUGAUACCAUGACUGCCAAACUGCUCCAGGCAGAUGAGGAAAAGUCUGCUAUAUCUAAUGAAGUCAAAAAGCUAAAGGAGCAAAUGUUAGAACUUGAGAAAACUUGGGAUGACCAGCAGAAAGUGAAAUCAGACAAAACAGCUAAUGGCAAUGAGGAGCUGGUCACUUUGCGCAAGGAGAAAGAGGACUUGGCUGCUCAAAUAGUCAUCAUGAGGAAGGAUGGAGAACAGGUCAAACGGAAGUUGCAGGCAGCCUUGGUGCAGCGCAAGGAAUUGAUGAAAAAGAUUGCAGAUUUUGAGAAGUUAGAAGAGGGUGGCAAACAAAGAGGUGAUCUACAUGAAGGUGCUACCCCUCAUUGUACAGAUGAGAGAGAAAGAGAGCAGGAACUACAGAAACUUGAAACACUAUUGCAAGAGACCAGACAAGUCUUAAAUUCCAAAGAAGAAGCUUUGACUGUUUUAGAGCAGAAAGCAUUGAAUCAAGAUCAAGCCCUGGCUAAGGCACAUGCUGAAAUCCAACGCUUGAUUGAAGAGGCUGAAAAAGUGAGCCAAAAAGAACAACAAAUGCUACAGUUGGAAGAGGACAAGACUAGAUUGAAGUCACAGGUUGGAAGCUUGGAAUCUGAGCUUGAAAUGUUGCAGAAAAGGCUUCAGGAGGCUGUUGAUUCUCGUAAAGACACCCUCCGCAAGGCAAAAGAGAAGGACCGGCAUCAUCGUGAACAGCUGAGGCAGCAGAAAGAGGAGUACAGUGGCCUACUAGAACGUUUUGAAGCUGAAGAUGAAGAAAAAGCUGGGCUGCUUAAACGUCUGAAAGUCCUUGAAAGUAUUUUGGAAUCAAAUGAGCAGAUGGAGAAAGAGAAGCUUCUCACUGUUGAAGGAAAUUCCAAGACUGCUUCAGAGAAUCUAGACCGACUAGGGUCUGGUGAUUGGGUUCAGGAGGAUUGGGUGGAUUUUGCUGCACCUGAGACUGACAUUAGACAGCAAAGGUUACCUGAUGAGCAGCUUCUGCAAGGUGCAUCAGGAGAUAAAGAGACUGUGAUAAAUUCCCUUCAGGAGGAGCUGAAAGCUGAGCAAGCUGCCCGUGUGGACUUAGAAAAGCGUCUACAAGAAAGUCAAGCUACUGUAUCAGUAAAAGAGAGUGAGUUCCUUGAGCUCAGCAAAGAACUGGAGGCGCUGAGGGCAAAGGAGCGACAAAUAGAUGCUCUUUCAGAAGAGCUGAACACUUUGAGAGAAAAGUGCCAGCAAGCAGAAGCCCAUGCAGAAAUGUUGCAAGCAGAAGUGGAGGAGGCUGCGGCUGUGGCUAAGACAAGUUUAUCUAAUACAGAGUCUCCAGUUGCAGCCCUUCAGGUGGAGGUAGAGGAGUUCAAGCAGUUUCUGGAAAGCAAAAACAAUGAGAUUGUGGACCUUAGCCAGCAGCUGAGUGAGCAAAGUAUCCUUCUGCAGAAGAUGCAGGAGACAAUGUUGGAGAAGGAUCAGCUGAUCUGUUCCUUGCAAGAGGGACUGAAAGCUGAGCAAGAGAGGAACCAGAAAAUGCAGUCAGAAAUCCCACAAAAGCAGGAGGAAGAUAAAGACAACAAUGCCAAACUGCAGCAACUUCAGCGGAAGUUACAGGCUGCUCUGGUAUCACGAAAAGAAGCUCUUAAAGAGAACCAAGCUCUAAAAGAAGAGCAGGCUGCUGUUGAGCAGAUGAGAUUAGAGCUACAAGCAAAGCUUGAGAAUGGUGAAACAGAGCUGAGUAAGCUGAGAGCAGAGAAAGAGAAAUUGAUUAAAGAAGUGGAUCGGGCCUUGCUGGAGAACCAGAGCCUUGGUGCCACCUGUGAGAGCCUUAAGCUUGCUAUGGAUGGUCUCUUGAGUGAGAAAAACACAUGCCAACGCCAAGCUGAGAGUGCCAAAGAAGAAGCUGACAGGGCAUGUAGACAAUGGGAGGAAAAGAGGCAAAGCAUGAAAGAUGAGUAUGAAAGUUUACUGAAGUCAUACGAGAAUGUGAGUGAUGAGGCUGAGCGUGUUAGAAGAGUGCUGGAGGCUGCUAAACAGGACAGACAGGAAUCGGCCGCCAAGGCACGGGCCUAUGAAGCAGCAAAACAGGAGGCAGAGAGGUUAGCAGAGGAGGCUCAGAAGGAAGUGGAUGCAGUAAAAGAGAAAAUGAGGAAGUUUGCCAAGGCAAAGCAACAAAAGAUUUUGGAACUAGAAGAGGAGAAUGAAAAGCUCAGAGAACAAGUAGAGAAGAAAGGCACCAAAGAAGUGGAUACAGAGUUAAAGCAAGAGUUUGAAAAAGUACAACAUGAUUUGAAAGCUUUAAAAAUUAAUUUUAAUAUUGUAGAGACCCAACGACAUUCUCUGGAACAGGAAACUAAAGAACUGAAGCAGCAAUUAACUAAGGAAAUUGAUAGAAAGAACAGUGAAGCUCUAGAUGUGAGCUCCUCUGGAGUAAUUAUUGAGGAAGAGGUGUUACCAAAGCAGUCAAGCCCUAUUUUUACUGAAAACCAAGAGGAUCUAGUUAAUCAAACACAUUCCAAAAAGUCUAAUCUCUUGGAGGAGGCAGAGGGGUCAACUCUGAGAGAGGAAAGACUAAAGGAACUGGAGGUAGCUCUUGAGGUAGCAGAGAACAAUCUAAAAAUACUUCAAGAAGCUCUUGAAGAUGAGAAAGCAGCCAGAGCUGAGCAGGAAACUUCCCUUAACACAGAAUUGGCUUCUCUUAAGCAGCACCUUCAGGAGAGUACGGAAAGAAAGGAGAGAUUGAAUGAGGAGUGUUCUAAAAGAGAAACACAGCUUCAGGAGCUUCGCGAAAGCCUAGAAGCUGAGAAGGAUGACCUUGAGGAACAGUUAAUGAACCAGUUAGCCCAGGUCAAUGGCAGUAUUGCUGGUUAUCAGCAGGAGGCAGCUGACAGUCAAGAUCGUCUUGCAGACCUGCAGCGAGAGUUGGAGAAAAAGGAGAGAGAGCGAGCUGAGUUGGAAGCCAUUGUAGCAAGUGAAAGGGACAGAGCAGCAAGACUUGAAGAAGAUAAAAGGCAGGCCCAGCGAGAAAGAGCUGAGGCAGAGGCAGGUAAACAGAGGGAGUUGGAGCAGAAACUGAAAUCUGUACAGAGGGUAAAAGAAGGAAGUCAGAGUCGAGCUCGCCAACUUGAAGAACUUCUGAGGGAGAAGCAGCUGGAGGUCCGACAAAUGCAAAAAGACUGUAUCCAGUACCAGGAAAGGAUAAGUGAGCUGGACAAAGAGGCAAAGGCACUCUUACUAGGUAAAGAUGAGGUGUGCUCUGAGCUUGAGGCAGCCCAACUGGAGAUAGCAAAGAUCAAAGAGGAGAGGACCAAGCUUGAAUUGGAUUUGACAACAUUAAAAGGGAAGCUAGAUGUGGCUCAAGGUGAGGCUAGUAAGGCACUAGCAGACAAAACUGUCUCAGAACAGUCAGCACAGCAGCGUGAGGCUAAGUUAAAGGCAGAAGCUGAGCGGACCCUUGAUGAAGUAAGAUAUCGCUUGGGGGCGGAGCUUAAACAGAUGGAACUGAGGUUAGAGCAGGCCUACAGUGACAGGGAAAAAGAAGAGGAGGCAACUCUCGAUGCUAGGAAAAUUGCGGAGGAUGCAGACAGAUACGCCCAGGAAAUGCAGGCACGCCUGGAUGAAUCAGUAGCACGACUAGCUGCCUUUUCGCGCUGUAUGUCUUCCCUGCAGGAUGACCGUGAUCGGGUUCUGGAUGAAGCCAAGCAAUGGGAGAGUCGCUUCCACAGCUCCCUCCAGGGCAAGGAGUCAGAAUUGCGUGAAGCUGAAAGCCGAGCUAAGGAUCUAUCUGAGCAACUUCAGAAAGAGACAAUACAAAAAGAGAAACUUCAGAACUCACUAGAGAGGUUGCAGAAAGCAAAGGAACAGUUGCAGCUGGAGUUGGCUGAGGCAGAGAAGAAACACUGUGAAACCCUUUCUGCUUUGGAAAAAGAAAGAGGGGAAUUGCAACAGAAAUUGACUGAGGCAGAAAGCUCCCUUGCCCAAACAUGCGCCCAGCUUACCUCGCUGGAGGCAGAGACAGAAGGACUACGCCACAGAGCUAAAGCUCUAGAAGAAGCAGUGGCCAAGCUUCAGAGUGAAGCCAACCAAGCCAGAGCUGAAAUCAAGGAGAGAGAAACUGAGGAGAAGAGACUGUGCUUGAGUCUGGAGCAACUUGAAACAGACUUGCGUUCCUUUAAGAAUCUCACAGAGACUCUUCAGGCAGAGUUGGCUGUGAAAGAGAAGAGAGAAGUGGAGCUGCUUGAAGAAAAGGAACAAGCUGUGACUCAGGCUGCGGAAGAAGCUAGGAAGGAAGCAGAUGGCAGGGCAGAGGAAGCAGAGAGACAGCUGGAAGAAAGAAGGUCAGCCAUGAGAGAUCUUGAGGAGAAACUGCAAAAAGCUGAGGAGGAUUCUACCCAGAGCAAGGCUAGACUCGAUACAUUCACGAAGGCUAUGGGAUCCCUGCAGGAUGAUCGGGACAGGGUGCUAAGCCAAUACAAGCAGUUAGAAGAGCGACAUCUGCAGGUAAUGAUGGAGAAGGACGGACUCAUCCAAGAGGCAGCUGCCGAAAAUAAUGGUCUGAAGGAGGAGCUCCGCAGUCUUCUGGCCCAGCGUGAUGACCUCCAUGCUGAAAAUGCCAAGCUGGCUGCCCAGCUGCAUGGCUACAGGGAUGAGCUAAAACAAGUUCUCACCAUGAAGGACUCCCAGCAUAGGCAGCUGCUUUCAGCCCAGCUUGAACACAUCACUGUCUUGGAAAAAGAAAGGGAAGACUUACAGGCCAGGAUUGAGGUUCUGGAAAAAGAGACUUUGGUCAGAAAGGGGCCAGCAGUGGAGCACGAGGUUUUGAGCCAAGCUGGACAUGUCACGGUCCAGCAGAAGAUACAUGAUGCUCCAGGUGCAGAGGUGGAGAAACUGAGAGAGCAGCUUCAAGCUGCCAAGAAGCAGAUUAGCACCCUAGAAGAGACACUGAAGUCUGAAAGGGAUGUUCAGGCAGCCGAAAGCAAAGAGCUGAAAGAUCUACGUUGGGAAGGUGGUAUUCUGCGGACUGAGGCUGAAACAGCAGAGGAAAGAGUAGCAGAAUUAGCUAGAGACUUGGUAGAUAUGGAGCAGAAGCUGCUAGCGGAGAGGGAAGUGACAGCCCAGCUUAAAGCUCAGAACCAGUCUUUUGGUCAAGCCAUGGCCUCCCUGCAGGACUCAAGGGAUCAAGCCAUCAGCGAAGCUAAAGAGCUCCAGCUCCGUCUGGAAGAGUAUCAACAGAUAGGACACUCAGUUGCGCCCUCUAGCAGCUCCAGUGGAGAAGUAUGGAGCCUGAAGAACGCUCUCUCAGCACUCCAGAAUGACCGAGAACGAUUGGUAGAGAAGUUACAGCUGCAGCACAGUGAGCUGGACAAGCUUACCCAAACCCUGGAGGACGAAAAGAAGAAGGGAAUACAAAUAGAGAAGAGGAUGGCAGAACAGCUGAAGGAGAAUCAUGCCCAGCUGCAGAGAGACAGGCAGGAACUGGAGACACUUCAGCUGGAACGUAGCGACUGGCAGGCCCAGGCAGAGCUCCUGAAGCAGCAGACUCUGGCCACACUCUCAGAGCGUGACCAGCAGGUUCGCCACCUCAGUGCAAUGCUGGAGGAGGCACGGACAACUGCGCCCAAACUACUGCAAGAGUACUCUCGCAGACAGGGAAAUAUCGCAGUGGACAGCGCACCUGGAGGCCCCCUAGAACACAGCGAGGACUAUAAAGCUGAGUGCAUUCUUCUCCAGAGAAGGUUGGAUGAGGAGACGGAGCUGAGGCUGAGUGUGGAGGAGCAGCUCUCUGCAGCAAGAGAUCACCUCAAACGGCACACAGAGGGUGAGUGGCACUCAGUUCAGGGGAUUACCUCUGAGACUGCUGUCCUGAUUGAGCCACCAGAGGGCGCCAUUAUACGGACGCGGAGUGGUGGUCCUAGCUUGCUGCGGAUGCUGAGAGGAGCUUUCUGCUCCCGCCAGCGAACUCCUCUACUGGUGUCCAUCUACCUACUGACUGUACACGUUCUACUGCUACUCUGUAUGGGAGGAUAUCUUUGAGAAAGUGAAGAGUACGAGGCAGAGCCAGUGUCUGAAGUGGG